AUGGCCAGCACAUUUCUUAGAUCCCUCUUCGCUCCGGCGAUGAGGCCAGCGGUCUUCCCUCGCGCCGCGUCUCUCCUCAAGCCGACCACGACCCCCCUGAUCCGUCCCUUUUCCACGACUCCCAUCCAGAAUGCUACCAUCGGCCAGGUCCUGCGAGGCUGCCACAAGAAGGGAAAGCGCGCUCGCCACGCCGUCUCCCCUGCUCUGUCCGAGAUGGGCGCUCCCGCGAUGAAGGGCGUUUGCCUCAGAGUCGGUAUCGUCCGCCCGAAGAAGCCCAACUCCGGCCAGCGCAAGACUGCCCGUGUUCGUCUUUCCAACGGUCGCCACGUCACCGCCUACAUCCCCGGUGAGGGCCACAAUAUCCAGCAGCACAGUGUCGUCCUCGUUCGUGGCGGUCGCAGUCAAGAUUGUCCCGGUGUACGAUACCAUCUUGUCCGUGGCGCACUCGAUCUUGGUGGUGUCAGCACCCGUACUACCUCUCGCUCCAAGUACGGAACGAUGAAGCCCAAGAAGGCUACCGUCAGCUAA